GGGGGGGGGGGGGAGGCGGCUUGACUUGGCUUCACGCGGCGGCGGCGGAUGAUGAUCCCUAGGGAACGGCCGCUGCCGGAGUCCGCGCCGGCCUCCUGAUCCCCGACCGACGAUCGGCGGCGGCGGCGGCUGUGUUGUUGCAGAGCAUGGAGAAUCCACAAAUUGAGAUGGGGGCCUUCAAGGCGAACGGUCUGCAAGGGCAGAACGGUGGGCUGCGUUCCAGCAUGGUUGAGCCCUGGAAACUGCAGAGGACCGUUCCGAGAGUGCUGAGGAGCAUCAGGAUUGUCAUAUUCACGUCUAAGCUCAAUCUGCUCUUGCCGUUUGGGCCUGCGUCGAUCGUGCUACACUACGCUACCAAGAGACAUGGAUUGGUCUUCCUAUUCAGCAUGCUAGGAAUAACGCCUUUAGCUGAGCGCUUGGGUUAUGCAACUGAGCAGCUCGCGAUAUACACUGGUCCAACAGUUGGUGGGCUUCUAAAUGCUACAUUCGGAAAUGCAACUGAAAUGAUUAUUGCAAUAUAUGCUUUGAAAAAUGGAAUGAUCCGAGUAGUUCAGCAAUCAUUACUUGGUUCUAUAUUAUCAAAUAUGUUGUUGGUUAUGGGCUGUGCUUUCUUUGCUGGUGGUAUUGUUCAUCGGAAUAAGGACCAAGUCUUCAGCAAGGCAACUGCAGUUGUUAACUCAGGUUUACUGUUGAUGGCUGUCAUGGGACUGAUGUUUCCUGCUGUCCUUCAUUUCACACAUUCAGAAGUGAGGCAAGGAGCAUCAGAGGUUUCUCUUUCAAGGUUCAGCAGUUGUGUUAUGCUUGUGGCAUAUGCAAGCUAUCUUUAUUUCCAACUAAGUGGACGGAGUAACACUUACAGUCCAAUUGGCAGUGAAGAAAUGCCCACCGAGGAUGCAGCCGAGGAAGAUGAAGAAGCAGAGAUUAGCAUGUGGGAGUCGAUUGCAUGGCUCGCUAUGUUAACCUUAUGGGUGUCUAUCCUUUCUGAAUACCUGGUUAAUGCCAUUGAGGGGGCAUCUGAUUCACUGAACCUACCGGUGGCUUUUAUCAGUGUCAUUUUGCUUCCUAUUGUGGGAAACGCUGCUGAACAUGCUAGUGCAAUAAUGUUUGCAAUGAAAGAUAAACUUGACAUAACACUUGGUGUUGCAAUUGGGUCAUCCACGCAGAUAUCAAUGUUUGUGAUUCCCUUUUGUGUUGUCGUUGGUUGGAUGAUGGGGCAAAAGAUGGACUUGAAUUUCCAGCUAUUUGAAACUGCAACUCUCUUCAUAACAGUACUAGUCGUGGCAUUUAUGCUACAGGAUGGCGUUGCGAACUACUUGAAAGGACUUAUGCUGAUCCUGUGCUAUCUUAUAGUUGCUGCCAGUUUCUUUGUUCAUGUUGAUCCACAAUCCAGCGAUGGUUGAUGCCACAAAACACUGUAAUUAUUGUACCAAAUACCCUUGAAGCCUUGCUAAUCUUAAUUCUGGUGAGGUGCUCCUCCGUAGCAAAAGCUCAGCCUGCAUGCUGGCUGGAGCUGGCAGAAUGUUGACACGGCCGGGAAAAUCACGUGGUGUCGGUUAGUUCAUCCACGAUCUGCAGCAGCAAUUAUUGCACGUUGCAAUAGUCAAAAGAUCUGAAGGGGGUGGGUGGUUGUAAUGUAUACAGAUUACAGGAACGAGGAAAUGCAUGCACGUCGCCCAUGUAAAUCUCCUUGGUAUUCAAUUAAUUCAGUUAAUGUGGCCCUGACCCUUUUCUCC